UAAUCUCUCUGCUGGCCUCUCUGCAGGCUCCUGGGACCAUGGGCCUUGGGCCCUGAGGAAUAGGGCUCCCUGUGGCCAUGACGACAGGCGACUGCUGCCACCUCCCAGGCUCCCUGUGUGACUGCUCUGGCAGUCCAGCCUUCUCCAAGGUCGUGGAGGCCACAGGCCUCGGGCCACCUCAGUAUGUGGCGCAGGUGACUUCAAGGGAUGGCCGGCUCCUCUCAACUGUCAUCCGGGCCUUGGACACACCAAGUGACUGUCCUUUCUGCCGGAUCUGUCAUGAGGGAGCCAAUGGGGAGAGCUUGCUGUCCCCGUGUGGCUGUACCGGCACUCUGGGAGCCGUGCACAAGAGCUGCCUGGAGAAGUGGCUUUCUUCAUCCAACACCAGCUACUGUGAGCUGUGCCACACGGAGUUUGCAGUGGAAAAGCGGCCCCGACCUCUCACAGAGGAUGUGUUUGGAGGUCUCAUUGUCAGAGAUGCUCUUGAAGACUGGACUUCCUACCAGAAGCUCAUAAUACAGCAUCCCAACUGAGACCUAGUUUUGGGG